AUGAAACCCCUCCAUUUUGGGGGCCUUGGGUGGUUGGGCACCAUGAACCGACCCAGAACCACCCCUGGAAAUUGCACUCAUGUCAUCACCAUACUUCGAUGGAGUACCAAGUACCAACUAACCAAAUUGAUUUUGUUCAUCAACUCUCAUCUCAAACAAAUUCAUGCAAAAAUCCUACGCCUAAAUCUCCAUGAACACUACUCCUUCACUUCUUCGCUCAUUACUCUCUACACUUCCUUAUCUCCUGAUCACAUCCUUCUUCUAUUCUAUUCUCUCUUAGAAUACACUACCGUACAUCUCUUCAAUUGCUCAAUCAGAUUUUUCUCCAAAACCCCAUCUUUUUACCUUGAAUCUUUGCAUUUGUAUCUGCAAAUGGUUCGUUCUCAUUUUAAACCUGAUAAUUACACUUACCCUUUUGUUCUCAACUCAUGUGCUGCUAUCUGGUAUCUUAAUUAUGGUUUUAGAGUUCAUGGUCGUAUCGUUAAAUCUGGGUUUUGUUCAAUCAUUGAAAUUUUUAAUGCUUUGAUUGAUAUGUGUGGGAAAUGUGGGAAAUUAGGUUGUGCACGUAAGGUGUUCGAUGAAAUGCCUCAAAGAGAUGUUGCGUCUUAUAAUGCUCUUCUUGGAGCAUAUGCUAGAAUUGGGGAGGAUAUGACCGAUGCUCAGAUGGUUUUUGAUAAUAUGCCUAUCAAAAAUUUGAUUUCUUGGAAUGCUAUGAUUGUGGGUUAUGCAAAUUGUGGUGAUAUAGAUUCCGCUCAAUUGAUUUUGGAUAUGAUGAAUGAUAAGAAUGUGGUUUCUUGGACGACAUUGCUAGUUGGGUAUACUAAAAAUAGGUUGAUGGAUAAAGCGAGGAUCAUUUUUGAGGCUAUGCUUGAGAAGACUUUAGUUUGUUGGACUGCUAUAAUUAGUGGGUAUGCUCAAAAUGGAGUACCAAAUGAAGCAUGGAAAUACUUUUAUGGUAUGCAAAGAGCACGUGUUAGGCCUGAUCUUUAUGCUAUGACUGCUGUAAUGUCUGCGAUAGCGCAAUUAGGUUGUCCUGAUUUGGCCAGUUGGAUCACAACUUUAGUUGAUCAGGAAGGUAUUGAGCGGAAUGAGAGAGUACUAACUUCUUUAGUUGAUAUGCAUGCUAAAUGUGGUGACAUUGAAAAAGCAUGUCAGUUGUUUAAGAAAAUUCCUCGCCCGGAUGUGUACCCUUAUAGUGCAUUGAUAUCUGGCCUCACUUCACAUGGACAUGGCCUCAAAGCACUUGAGAUUUUUCAUAAAAUGUUAUUGGAAAAUGUUGAACCUGAUUACGUAACACUACGGUAAAAUUAUUCUAGUCUUAGAGUCUUUGGUUGUCCGGCUUAU